CGCUCUUUAGUAGCACCUCUACUUCCGUCGGGUCCGGACGUUUUUUUUCGUGUCGCUCGAUAUCGCAAACGCAACCUCUGGCUGGCGAUCGGGAAAGUUCUUCAGUGUUUGAGCUUGGUUCUUGCAAGAAAUACAUACGAUAUAGGUUAUUUUAUUGGCUCGCCGCCCCCCCCUUAGAACAACGUUUUAGUUGCGUGCCGAGCCGAUUUGCAUGAUUGGAAGUGAUUCAGCAGCGCGUUAAGGCUACAAUUUAGAUUUAGCGAAACAUUCGGAGGUGCAUUCGAAGAUCUAUUGGUUUCCGUUUAAGUUGGGUUGGGUUUUUCUUCUUCUUUUGUCUCUCCCGGUAAAUACGCUUGGGAGGAAAUUGGCAGUUGGCGCGCGCCUCAAGAAAGUUCCGCCACGGCCGCGAAGUUUUAACGAAUUUUAGUGGGUCAUCGAAGACCGACCGACUCGCGGUUGAAAGUGAAAUAUUUUGAACUCUUGGUCGGAUCGGUUUAGAGCCAACUAUUUAGAGCGGCGGCGGGUAAAAAAUCGAAACGCCGGAGUGCCGGAGUUUAUUCGGAAAAGUUUUUGAGAGCUGGGAUUUCGGGGCGGUGCAACUUGAACUAACUGCCUACAACCAACGAAGGCUUAGUUGAGUCACAGAGCACAGCUUAUAUAACAACAGCAAUUGCUCGAAAGUGUGGUGUGAUCUGUGUUGAGGUACCUAUCUCAGCAGUUGCCGGAAAAGUGCAGCGCUGAGCCUCGAGUACCAUUGCUGAGAAUAGAUCGGUGUUUGACUCAUUCAAUCAAUCAUUGAUCAAUACCGCGCGCGAAGUUGUGUUGCGCCUCAAGUGCUUUAUCCAGCAGCUUCUAAAGACAGCGCAUUUAGUAUUUGUGCCCGGUUUGUGAACCGGUUAAGCUGCUGGAAAAAAAAACAAGAAAAAAAAGAUCACAGCUACACGAUCUCAGCUGGGUACUUUGGCGCGCCUAUAGGAGUGAAACCAUUUGUUCUUCAAUCGGGGAAGACCAAGUUUCAUUCACAAACAACUACCGUCGAAAGGAACGAACAAGAUUGAUUUGUUUACCUUCAAACAUAUGCCAUCAGAAGCGAGGAGCUAGCAGCUCUGACUAGUAAUCUAGCUGCUACAAACAACACGUUUCUCGUCGUGCGCAUAUCUCUAGAUCUUCGAGUCGCGUCGUCGCGUAACACCAGUAGCUGCUGCUGCCUUCGGAGUUUUUCUGUCUGUUGUACGGGCUUAAUCCGGGUACAACGAAACAACGACGUUGAACAUAUUUGUCAACACGAUUAAGCCGAAGGAUAGAGUGGCUGCAGCAGGAGAAAGCAGGACGACGGCGAGGAGGAGGAUAUCAUCACAAACAGAAACCUUGUGAGCACGUCGGAGGAAGACAGCGGCAGGCAAAAUGACGAUCUUCAGCUUUUAUGGAAUGAGGACAAAGGUCCCGAAACCAAAAGAAAAAAUGACACCUGGCCAGCAACAAACCCCAGAAGAACAACCGCAGCAGAUUCCAAACAUUGCCGGAACGAUAACCGAUCUCCAACUGAGCCAGAGCAACCUGCACAAGCACCAUCAGCACAUCAGCGGCAACGUCCACAAUAUCUCCACCACCCACUACAUGCACAGCCACCAUAUGCACCACCAUCUACCUCAGCUGUUGCCGUACUCGUCGUCGGUGACCGGCGGAAGCACCGGACUGCUGACGGCGGGUUCCGGCGGUGGAUCCGGACCGGGAAGUGGGCCGACGAAUAAUAAUAACGGUGGAUCGACGCCGUCCACACUGACCAGUGGAGUUAAGCUACCCGUUAAAACGUCACCCCUAGGACCAUCCCCCUUCCGACAGUUACUUCCGGUGGCGCUGUGUAUUGUGUCGUUUGCCACCGUGCUCAGCAUAUUGGUCAUCUACAUGGACACUACCGAAAUCCGGCAUCAGCAGUUCCGAUUGAAUAUGUCCCGCGACUACGACCUGCUCGGGGUCCCUCAGGAUAAUCCAGCCCUCGUCAAGUACGUCCGGGAUAUCCACAUGAAAAAGUACCCGAUGACGUUUAUGCGGAACGCUCCGGCUCCGGUUGAGCAUCUGAACUUCACCAAUCGGCACGAACUGACCCCGGAGAUGGCCCAGUUCAUCUCCAAACUGCUGGGGAACAAGCGCUUCGGGACGUUCUUCCAAUCGCUGACCGGAAUCAGUGAUUCGAUGAUGACGGCGCCCUGGCUGGCGGAAACCAUGAACUGGGGCGGCUACCUGGUGGAACCGGACCCACGCAAGUACUUCUCGCUGCGGAAGCAGAACGCCUUCCGGGACAACGUGCAGGUCAUCCAUGCGUGCCUUUCGCCGAACACCUAUCCCAAAGAGGUGACGUUACAUCAUGACGACGAUAGUGAGGUGAGGAUCAACAGUGUGUUGGAUGAGGAAACGGAAUGGUUCCAUCCGCGGGUCAAGUGCUUUCCGGUGUACACACUGAUGUUGGCCGUCAACAGGACCUCGAUUGAUCUGCUCAGUCUUGGCUGUCAGGGACAGGAAUUGCAGAUCCUCCAAACCAUUCCCUUCGAUAAGGUGCACGUAAAGGUGAUCUCGAUCCAUCUGGUCCAUUACUACGAGGAAGACGAAUUCAUCAUCGACGUGGACGAGUAUGUGCAGAACAUCACCCGGUUCCUGUUGGGUAAAUCGUACAAAAUGGUUCGCAGCUACGAUCGCAACUUUAUCUACCAGUACGUUAGCGUGGGUGGAGCCGGAGGCGGCAGUAUCAGCCGGAUCAAUAGUGUGGCCGAAGGUGCUGGACUGGUGGGUUCCGUCAUUGGAGCUGGAAGCGGCCUGGAAGGAAGCGGAAGCUCGGCCGGCAUUAGCAGUAUUAGUGGUAGCUCUAAAUCUUUGAGUAGCAAUAAAAUUAGCAAUAGCGAAAAGAGUGAAGUUAUACGGAAGGCUACCGGAACAACCAGUCCACCGGCAGCAGUUUCCACAUUGAAACCCCUGGCAGCGAUUGCCGUGGAAUUGCUAGGCGAUGAUGGAGCUUCUUCCGGGGCUGCAUUCGGUCCAAUCAGUGCCGUCAGUACCGAACGUGGUGCGAUCGUUGUAGAAGAAAGCAAUCAGGACGAGGAGACGGUUGUUGGAACGACGAGCUCCACCAGUUCACCUCCGAUGGUCACAUCCCUAUAACGGACUGUGCCACUUUGAAAGAUAUGCCGGAUUUGUGCUGUAGUAUUGCAGCAUGUCGAAAAUUUUUUUUUAUCGAAACAAAGGCUACCAAUUCAUCAUUCCAGAAACGGCUUAUACUUUAAUGAUUUUUUAAAAAUAUUGCUCUUAAAUUUUUGGUGUGUUAUGCAUUUACAGAAAAAGAAGAACACACACCGACAAAUAUUUUCCUUUGUAGAUAGAACAAAAUCAAUAAUUCCUGAUUACGAAAACUAGAGGAAAACGGGUUUAUAUGUUUCGUUGAAAAGUAUCCCAGUUUUUACCCAAAAGCAAAAAAGAAUAUUCAGAUAUUCCAAGAAAGCUCUCUCUCUCUUAUUUUGUUAUUUACAAGUUGAAACAAAAGUUCACUAAACUCACCUACAUAUAUAGCGAUUCAACACCAGGAUCGAGCUAAGAAAAAGCUAAAGAAACGAAACAAAUUAUUCAUAUUUAUUGAAACGAACACUACAUGCUAGCUUUUAAGUAAUCAUCAGUUGCUCUCUUAACUAUUUUUGAGAAGGUUAGUUUUCCCCCCUUCGCAAUCGUUGAAUGACGACAGCAGGAUCGGUUUCAAAUAGCACCAAAUUUUACCGUCUAAAUUUUGAUCGCCGAAGGGCAUUGCUCAAUAAAACUAUCGAACUAUAAUUUGUAGAACAAAUCGUGGAUUCGUACCCCUUAUUUAGCAAACAACUAUUUUGAAACAUACAGUUAAAGAAAACUACAAAUUUUGAUGAAAUGAAAAGCAAUCAAAUAUUUUGAAGCAUUUAUUGGAAGUAACAAGUAUCAAUUAUUUUUGCAUAUGUAUCGAAUCGAAUCUAUUAAUAUGUAUUAUUUUUUCUACUUAGCUAGAGCUACAUUAUUUUACCUAGGAUUACGCAAUUUACUGUUAAA